GUUGAAAAGCUGGAUUUACAAAAUCUUUAUUUUCCCGAUGCUCUGGACCGAAUUGCAUGAUUUCAACCGUCCAUCGAAGUUAUCAAAGUGUUCAGAUAUUAAGGAACUUGUGCUGCCAUCUAAAGGUGUUUAGAAAGAUGUCUGAGACUGACGAAAGUCCAACUAAGAAGAUGAAACUUCAGGAGGGUGAACCACCUGAUGACUUUAUAGAGAGAAUACAGUAUCAACGAACAACAAAAACCUCCUCAGUGGCUGAUUUCAAGUUCAACAAAAAGCGUGUUCGCAUGAUUUCAUCUGCUGAGAAUUUGGAUGAGACUUCAAGUGGGGUUGUGUAUUGGAUGUCACGUGACCAGAGAGUGCAAGACAACUGGGCCUUGCUGUACAGUCAGAGGCUUGCUUUAAAGCAGAAGGUUCCCCUGUAUGUUUGCUUCUGCCUUGUACCAAAGUUCUUAGAGGCAACUAUAAGACAGUUUGGCUUCAUGUUGAAAGGUCUGCAACAAGUGGAGAAGGAUUGUAAAGAAUUGUCCAUUUCAUUCCACCUGCUUAUUGGUUAUGCUAAAGAUGUCCUACCCCAGUUCAUUGAAGAAAACAACAUUGGUGCCAUGGUUACAGACUUCUCACCUCUGCGAGUUCCAAGUCAAUGGGUGAAAGAUGUUUCAGAACAGUUGGGCAAAACUCCUUUCUGUCAGGUAGAUGCCCACAAUGUUGUUCCAUGUUGGGAAGCUUCUCCUAAAUUAGAAUAUGGGGCAAGAACAAUACGUUCCAAAAUCAACAAUCAGUUAUCUACGUAUCUGACAGAAUUUCCCCCUGUUAUAAAACACCCUCAUACUGCCAAGAAUAUACAAAAGCCCAUUGAUUGGUCAGCUGCUGAAGCAAGCCUUGAGGUUGACAGAAAAGUCACAGAAGUGGAGUGGGCAGAGCCUGGAACAGCUGCUGGAUUACGCACCCUUGAAUCAUUUAUCAAAAAGAGGCUGAAAUAUUUUGAUGUGGACAGGAAUGAUCCGACAAAGAAUGCUCUUAGUAAUCUCUCUCCAUGGAUUCAUUUUGGUCAGAUUUCAGCACAAAGGUGCGUCCUAGAGGUAAAGAAGUUCAGGAGUCGCUAUGGUAAAUCGGUGGAAGGAUACAUAGAAGAGUGCGUGGUGAGGCGGGAACUAUCUGACAAUUUCUGCUACUACAAUGAGAAAUAUGACACUAUUGAAGGAACAAAUGACUGGGCAAAAACUUCAUUGGAACUACAUAAGAAAGACAAGAGGGAGUAUGUCUACUCAAGGGAACAGCUAGAAACAGCCAAAACACAUGACCCCCUCUGGAAUGCUGCCCAGCGUCAGAUGGUGGGGGAGGGCAAGAUGCAUGGGUUCCUGAGAAUGUAUUGGGCCAAGAAGAUUCUAGAAUGGACUGCCUCACCAGAAAUCGCCCUCAGUGAUGCCAUCUAUUUAAAUGAUAAGUACUCACUAGAUGGCAGAGACCCAAAUGGAUAUGUUGGAUGUAUGUGGUCUAUUUGUGGAAUACACGACCAAGGCUGGAAAGAAAGAGAAGUUUUUGGGAAAAUUCGCUACAUGAACUAUGCAGGUUGUAAGAGAAAGUUCAAUGUGGCAGCAUUUGAGGCAAAAUACAAUAAGAAGAAAAUGUAG